AUGGAACAAUCUCAUUCAGAUAAAUUAGCUUAUUUUGAAGAAACAAUUUCAGAUUAUGAUCGUCAAACUGUUAAACUUAAAAAUCGUAUUAAUGAAUUACAAUUUGAAUUAAAACGUUUAACAGACGACAAUAAUAAUAAUCUUAAUGCCACUGAAGUUAAACAAGAAGUCAGUCAAACUGUUGAAACCCCUGUGACAACAACAUCAACGCAACAGCCAAUCAUUUCACGUCAUGAUGUCAAUGUACAAUGUGAUAUUAUAAAACUUGAUGAAAACAAUUCAUAUAUUGAUCGUACUACUACUACUACUACUACUACUGCUACUGCCAAUAAUAAUAAUAGUAAUAAUGAUAUGAGUACUAACGAGAAUCGAACUAUGUCAUCAACUGAAUUAUAUUCCAAAGUCAAUCAUACUGAUAAUACUGAUAAUUAUCAUCAUUCACAGUCAAAUGAUGAAUAUGAUGAUUGGAUUGAAAAAGUACGUCAAGAAAUACUUCAUUCCGAUUCUAUUGACGCCUUGCAUCCAGCAUUACGUCCAUCUCGAUAUCCUACAUCUGUUCCUAUACGUGAUUAUGAAGCGCUACAGUUACACAAUACAGAUCUUCAAAAUCAAUUACAACAACUUUCAGCGGAUUUUGAAGCAUUACGAUCCAAAUGUUCAGCUGUAUGUCAAAGUCAUGUAACUGAAUCAUUUCUACCAUCUAUGCAUACAAUGGAUAAUAAUAAUAGUAAUAAUGAUAAUGGCACAGUGAAAUUUAAUCAUUCCAAUCUACCGUUUAAUUUAAUUUCAUCCGAUUAUCAACAUGUUUUACUGACUAGUCCAAAUGAUAAUAAUAAUAAUAAUCGUUUGCAUGAAUUAGUUGAAUAUGAAUAUUUAAAAAAUGUUCUAUUCGAGUAUAUGCAAGGACGUGAAACUCAAACAUUAUCCAAAGUUCUAUGCUCGUUAAUGCGUUUCAAUGCCGAUCAGACACGUAAAGUAUUAAGCUAUGAAGAACAAAAAACCAAGACAUGGACUAUUCGUACAGUGAUUGAAUGA